CGUCCUCGUGGCAGUAGCAAUGUCAGCGGUACCGUCUGGGAGCAUUCCACAAUCCAACUCGAAGCUCUACUCGCCGCCAGCCAUGGCCAGAACAGACGCCAAAUUUCGUCCAAUUUUUGUCAUUUUUAUGUUCAGCGUGCAUCUCCUGCUUGCCAUCGCGAUCGUGUCAAUUGGCCUCGUGGCACUGAUAAGUGGCUGGACGUUACCGGGAGAUCAUGCUUCGGCACUGUAUUUCAUCAUCAUUUACAUGCGCGUUGGAUACUGGCUAGUGACUUACGUGAUCCACGAACGUUGUAAGCAGGAAUUUGCCCGCCUGCUCGAGCCGGACUUUGAUCGCUAUCGGUCACUGUCCGUGUAUCGUAAGGCUCCGCUACAGAUCGCCACCCUGUGGAACGUGAUUCUACUGGCGGUGCAGAAUCAGGUGCGCUUCCUGUUUCCAUACGAUUCCACCAUUCCCACCGGUGGAAGUUCUGCCGGCAAUGCAGGCACCGGUAACAAAGCGGAAGGUGCACUGAACCCGGCCAUCACACCGCAGGUGUUUGUGAUCGUUGUGUCGGCGUUGGAGCUGCUGGUGCAACUGUGCUUUUACGUGCCGUUCGUAAGAGCUCUGAACGAAAUCCGGAACGCCGAGGGCUUGGAUAAGGAAACGGAUCUGCGCUAUCGUCGCAUGACGGAUACGGAACUCGAGGAGCAACCGUUCGAGUGGCAGCUUGAACGGCAAGCUGAACUGAUUAAGCGGCUACGCACGGAGCACGAUCAGCUGCAGCGGAAAGCUAAAGCGUACGGCGUUGAUAGCGGUAGCUGAAGCAGAUUGACGACGCAGUUAGUAUGAUUCACCCCAGCACUGGAUACGGGUUUCUUUGUUUCUCUAAAAUUGUUGAUUCGAAUUUGUUGUUCAAAAUGUGCAUGCUAGUAUAAAUUACUAAAACCUCUUCUCUAUCAGAUAAUCAAUAAAUGGUUAUUGCAAGCAUAAUUCA